AUGGGUUCCAAAACGAGCAUCAUCACGAACGAGCAGCUGGCCGAGUAUGCCGAGCUAACAUACCUUAGUAAGUCGGAAAUCAUUUUUAUCCUGCAAAAGUUUCUGCUUCUCGAAGGUGGACGUCAGUUUUCGCUUACUAAACGAUUCCCGGAACAGGAUGUGGUUAAUUUGUUUCCUCAGUUAAAGCAUAAUCCUUUCCGUGAUCGUAUGCUGCACGUGUUUUCGUCCGAGCAUGAUGAUUGUUUCUCGUUCGAAGAUCUGCUGGAUCUGUUUAGUGUGCUUUCGGAAAAGUGUCCACUAGCGGUGAAAGCAACGUGGGCCUUUCAGAUGUAUGACUUUGAUAAUGACAAUCUCAUCACAAAGGACGACAUUCUGGAGCUUUGUGAUCGGAUCACGAAGCAUGAUCGGUUGGAACAGGACGAAAAAAUGAGCAUAGCUGAAUUGCUUCUCAAGGAAAUCGAUCUGCAGAACAAUGGCAAUAUUGGGGAGUUUGAAUUCAUCCACGCCAUGAGUAAAAUGCCCGAAUUCCGUCAGACUUUUUCGUGCCGAGUUUAG